ACAUACAUAGGACCCAUCCGCCCUCUCUUGCAGCGACCACUCGACCCCCGCGUCGCGUCAAUUUGAUACCUACGCUUCCGUUCGGUGACCGGUUCCUUCAUACCCCCCCUUACAUACUUACAUCUACUUCAAAAUACACUGCAAGUCGGUGUGUGCGUGUGUGUGUUCCCUUGGUGUAAAGUUCUAGCUCGUUCAUCGUGCGAGAGCUUGCAUCAUGAAGAUCAAAAAAUUGGCUACGGCCAAACAUGAGGCGACUCUGUCACCGUUCAUCCGCGACUUUACCACAAAAGCUAUAUCUACACCCUUGCCGGAGCUUGUGCCGUUCCUACAGACCUUUCCGAGAGAUUGGCCGUUUCCGCGCGGCGAUCUCUACCACUGGAUCACACUUCUAAACCGCUUCGAUACCAUACUCGAGGAGCAGGUGAUCAAAUACAAGUUUAAGGACGGUCCGCAAACAAUCUCUUGGGAGCAGGAGGACAAGGCCCUGUUGAUCGGAAUACUGGACUUCACCCGUCUACUAGUUGAGAAUUGCGGAAAUCGGAGUUUGUACGCUAGCAGUGGUAAUGUCGGGGAACUUUUGAACACUACCGAUGUCGAUGUCCUGCUUUCCUCGUUGCGGCUUACUUGCCGACUUGCUCAGAGAUACUACACUUCUCGGACGAGGGGUGGCAGUUCGGCGGCACAAGCGACGUUGUUGGCCUCGCACUACAACAUUAACCUAAAUAAGGUGGUGACGCUCGCGACACCCUUCUUGAAGAGCAUCAAUGGCGCAAGCAAGUCCGCUUCCUCGCGCGCGUUUCUGCCGAUCUACGCUACCGAUCUUGGACGGAUUGCUCGAGGAGAGAACCCCGUGGACCCGAUCGCGAACCUCUCUCCUAGCAAAGGAAAAGGCAAGGCGGAGGAUGGAGAAGGGAGCUGGGAGGAGUGGGGAGGAGCCUGGAUUAGCUACUACGUCAGCCCUAAGGUUCCAGCACCUCCGGCACCGGCUCCCUUUAUCCCUAGAGAUCCAACUACACCAACUCCUACGCGGAGGUCUUCUUUGCACCAUUCUCACACCCAUUCGCAUCACCAACAGCAAGUGCAGCACACCCCAGGAUCUGCGUCUCGCUCGCGUCCGGUUGAAGAGCCGGUGCCGGAGGUUCCAGAUUCUACCGCGGCGGGUGGCAUGCAGACGUUGGAGAUCCCCUCCAGCCGGAUCAAGGAGGCGCCUACCCUCGAAGAAAUCAUCGAAUCGACGCUUCCCGAUUUGCCGACGGAUUCCCAUUAUGAGUUCCUCCAUCGGCUGCGCGUGGCAUCGGCUUUGGCGGGUGAUCUCGAGAAACGGAGAAAGAUUCUCGCUGUCCGGAUAUUGGCCCUGACGAACUUGGCCUACGUUUACAACGAACAGCAGUUUGCCCAGAAAAUUCUCGUGCUCGACCAGGACGAACCGCGGAGGUUGCAGUUACCGUAUCAGUUGGCCGAGUUGGUGCAAGGAGGCGAGAGGCAAGGAAAGGGCGGAGAGAUACCUAAAUGGCUGCAGUCUUUGGCGCUCGGUGGACUGGAGGCUUUGGCGCGCCACAAGACCAGGAAUGCCGACGUCUGUGGUGCUCUGAGUGUCAACGUCAAUCAUGGUGUUCUGUUGUACCUCAUGCGGAAAGCUGUGGCGGAGCUGAGUAGUGAUGAUAGUAACGACCCCAGUGGUGAGGCGGAGGAAUGGAGGGAGGCACUGUUUUCUCUGAUGUGCUUCUUGCCUACUAAUAGCCAUACCGCGGCAAUGCUUAUUUCCGCCGGAUUGGUUCCUAUCCUCGUUGAUCUGAUCAACAUGCGCACGACGAAGGCUCAUCGACUCAUCCCGAAGGCCCUCAGUAUUCUGGACCAUAUCUUGUACAGUGUGCCAAACGCAAUCCAAACAUUUGCAAAUGCGAAGGGCUUGGACGCCGUCGUCGAUCUCGUGUCGUACGAGACACAGGCUGGUCUUGAAGAAGUGAGGUCUGGUAAGGGCAUUCCGGACAUCUAUCGUACAGAACAGACGGACUACAAGAUUAGUCACCAACGGCAGCAGACCCUUAAAAUGGUCACCAAGUUCAUGCAACAUAUGAUGGGACAGUCCGGUGCUGGCGUGGACCGUCUGCUCCGGAAUCUGGUCGACAAUCCGAAGCUGCUGGAAGCCAUUCGGUUGGUCAUCGGUCAGGGAGGUGUCUGGGGCAGUCACAUCUGGAGCACGGUCGUCGGCAUGAUCAGCGCUUUCAUCCAUAAUGAGCCCACUAGUUACGCCGUGAUCCACGAAGCCCAUAUUACGCAUGCUUUCUUGGAAGCCAUCACUGGAAAAACGGGAUUGGCGGAAGAUGAAACGCGCCGGAAGAAGGAGGAAGAGGCGAAAAAGAAGAAGACUGAAGAGGACGAGGCAAAGCGGCAGAAGGAAGAGACGGAGAGGGAAGAAGGCCAACCCGGUCCGUCGGAACAGUCUACGACGGUCGUUGUUCCGCGGGGCAGUGAAGAUGAUGCGGCCAUGGCGGACGUCGCUAAGUCACCCGAGGAGCCGAAGCCUGAAAUUCCGAAGCCUGAAGCGCGGCCGUUUCCCGUCAACAUUUCGUGGAUCAUGCCGUCUCAAGAUGCUAUCGGUUCCAUUCCUACCGCACUGGGCGCGAUCUGUCUCAACCCCUUGGGUCUCGAUCUCAUCCAGGCCUCCGGCUCUUUGGAUGCAUUCUUCGAGAUAUUCGAGAGCCCCGCUCACGUGAAGGUCCUGAUCGAGGGAGAGCUUGACAACCUUCUGGGAACGCAAUUCGACGAACUCGUUCGACAUCAUCCUAACCUGCGCGAGAGCGUUCUGAAAUCCACACUGCACAUGUUGGAUAGGGUGGUUGAAGUUGGAAAGAGAUACGCGGUUGAGCACGGGAUCGGCGCGAAAGUCUGGCUGGACGAUGGGAAGGGUGGACUCGUGGUUUCUGGUGGCAGGAAGGCUUUGGCUGGAUCUGCCGCGGCGGAGCCCGCAGCGAACGAAUCUGGACCGAGUACUGGCAAGACCGCCGAGGGUAAAGACGACAACAACGACGUGGAAAUGAGCGAUGUUGAUGCCUUGACGACAGUAUCUGUUGGCGAAACAAAUCCCGAUGGAGCCCCCGCCGGCCAGGUCGUAUCGUUGGAAGACAUUUGCACAUUACAGGAUCUGAAGUAUGAGGAGUCUGAAAAGGAUUCGGAUUUGCUCCCGAUCACGGACUAUAUCGACGUCGCGGCAAGGUACCUCGAGGGAUUCAUCACGAACACAACGCAGACGCGGGAGCUUCUUCGUCGCGGUGGUCUCGACAAACUGCUUGAAUUCUAUAGCCUGCCUAGUCUUCCAUACGACUUUGCUACUAGUCAGGCCAAUCAGACUAUCUGUCGCGCUAUGCACCUGUUCUGCGAGAGCAAUCUUCUCGAUACGCUCCAGGCGGUGUUCACUUGUGCUCAGAAGUCGGUCGAUAAGCUGCAGCCAUUUUUGGAGCACAUCGAUAAGGAGCCUUACUUCGCACCUUUGACCAACCCUACGUCCAAGGACAGCGCGCCGUUGCCUCCUAGACUGCAAGGCGGUCUACCUGCUAGCGAUAUUCAGUCGGUCCCGGCCGGCGACGACCCGGAAGCCGAAACUGAGAAACAGGCGGUUAGAAGUGUCAAGGCCGAUGGAACGACACUUGUCAAGAACCUCGUCACUGUACACGCCUUGGCCUUCCUUCUCCAGGAUUUGUACCACCAGUCGAUGUUCAACGCCCGACAGAGCGUGCAAGUUAUCCUGCACAACAUUAAGAAGGGAGGCGGAGAAGGCUUGAUCGCUAAACUCGGUGCGCUGCAACGACAAUGUGUGUGGGAGGAGAUCCAGCUGCAAAAGGGCAUUCCGGCGGAUUGGGAUGAAGUCACUCGAACGAAGGAUUCGGCUACGAAUGCGGCUUCUGCGAUCGAAGAGGCUCCCGUUCCUCCGCCUGCUGCUGGCCCUUCCGGGGCUGCCAGCGAGAACAAGCCCGACGCUCCGCAGUCGAGCGAGCAGAAGAAGGAGGCCCAAAAGGCCGUCGUCGAGAAGGAUGGACAUACGUCUUGGUUCAGGAAUGUCAAGACUAUCCGCUUCCUGAUUGGACAGAUUCCUACGUCUAUCAAUCCUUUCUUGCAAGGACUGGCGAAAUGUGUGAUCAAUCGACGGAACAAUGAUACGCUGCACAAGUACCUCGCGUUCAAGCUGGUCGAUGGGAUCGGUCAUUCCAUGUACAAGCAUUUGACCUGGGAGAGGAUUGAGUCAUCGGAGUCUAUCACGGACAAGUAUGGGUAUUGGAUCGUUAUGCUAUCCGCCACCAUGUCGCUUUUGCUUGAAGGCGUUGCUCCGGAUUAUUUCAACACGCCGAAGAACACGCCCCCGGAGAGACAGCCAUUCAUCAUCACCACCGCUCUGGUUGCUUUCAAACAGCUGGGUGGGCUCGAGGUGAUCAAGAAGAUUCUCCGGACCUUCUGGAACGAGUUGCAGGAUCUCCCGGCUUCCGACGAUGUCGAGCAGAUGACUAGCAACGAUCAGCAACGUAUGGCCCACGCGUACGGUGGCAUCCGGAUCAUUUUACUGCUGUUCUCGUACUUGGUUUCCGACCGGGCCGUCCAGCAUGCUGGGCAAUCCGAGGCUCUUCACAUGAGGUCGAUCAACGAUUCCAGCAGAGCGGAUUACUUCAAUACCAGUCAGCUCUUGAUCGAACUCCGGGCUUCUAUCCUUCCCGUGGUCCAGGAGAUGUGGGAGAGCAGCACAAUGGAGAAGAAGGCAACCUCGGCAAUCGUCAAAUCUGUCGUUGAGAUCCUCGGCAUCAUCCUUAGAGGUGAUCAUGAGAGCUCCGCAUUUACACGGAAGGAACUUGAGAAGAGGCCCGGCCUCAACAACAUCAUUUCUUGGCAGUCGAUGGUGCCACAGGACGAGCGCAUAAAGCAGCUCACCGACAUGGGAUUCUCGCACGAUGGAGCUCAGGAGGCGCUUAUGCGGUGUAGUGACAAUGUUGACACUGCUGCCAGUUGGUUGUCAUCGCGAGGAGAGCCCGCUCGUCCACUUCGCCCUCAUCGCCCUCACCAUGAUUCCAUGGACGAGGACGAUGACGAGGAUGACGAGGAUGAUGGUACCGAUGUCGAUAUUGAUCUGGUUAGCGGUCAACGAGCGCCUCCCCAGCCACCAUCUGAGCCUGCUGCAUCGGUCCCUCCCGCGCCUACGCCUCCCAAUGUGGAAACUCCCGAGCCUGCGAUGGCACCUCCGCCACCUCCGCUUGUUCCUGCAGAUAUUCUCCGUUCAGACGAUGCGGCUAUGAGCAUUGAGACGCCUAUUGCACUUGCGCCUGCUAGCGAUAAGGGCAAGGGUAAGGAGACUGAAAAGGAAGAGACCAAAGCACCGAAGGAGAAAGUCAUGACCAUCGAAGACCUUGGCGAUCUCCGUGCGGCAGUACGCGAUAACCUCGUUAGCCGCUCGCUCGAUGUACUUCAGGUCCAGGCGGAAAUCACUUUCGAGCUUGCGGAGCUGAUACGUUCGGCUUUCGAGGCCACGUCUCCCGAGACACGCAAAGAUGUUGCUUCAACUAUCUUCCAGUCGCUGCUUUCACUGCAGAUGGAGGAUGACUUCAGGUCUCAGGCAAAGACCAUUGCUUCUACGGCUCAUCUGCUUGGACUUGUCCUGCAGAACCAGGGGUUCUAUGAAGCUGCGGUUGAGGAUCUUAACGACCAACUCUCCGUUCUUAUAGGCUUUAUUAAGGUCUACCCCGGGAGUCGUGCGCCGUGGAUUGCCAACAUCCUUCUUGUCGUCGAGAAGCUGCUCUCGGAGAACGCACAACCCGACAAGAUCAAGUUUACUCCAGGACAGAGUGACACUGAGUCACCGGUUGUCGAGAGUUCCGGAAUCAAGGUCUCUGAUGAGGAUCAAGACGCGCUCUUCGAUGCGAUUGUUGCGAUUAUGCCCCAUGUCGACAAAGAGGAUAGCAUUCUUGCGUUGGCCGUCACUCGAGUUCUGGUUCUUCUUACAAGGCGGAGGGAGCUUUCGGCCCGGAUGGUGCAAGGAGGCAAUCUACAGAAGGUCUUCCACAUGUACCGUCGCCAGGCCGGCAACAACGUCGACAGGCUCCAACCCGCGAUUUUGAUGAUGGUUCGCCAUGUCAUCGAGGAUGAGGAGACUCUGAGGGCUGUUAUGACGGCGGAAAUUCGCGCGCAGUUCUCGGCUAGACCUUCGAGACAGUUGGAUACCAAUACCUUCGCCAAGAAUUGUGCCCAUCUGAUCUUGAGGAAUCCGGAAAUCUUCGUCGAUGUCGUUGCGCAGCUGUGCAAGCUCUCGCGAUACGAACCGCAGCUGAGGAAUCAGGGACUUAUUCUCAAAGAGACGGAGAAGCCGGCGCGGACGGAGGAGAAUACGCCGGCUGCUGUGGAGACUCAGGGUGAGGGCAGUGGUGAGGCGGCUAAGAAGGCUGAAGACGAGAAGCCCGAGGAGACAAAGGCUGAGGAUGAGAAGCCAAAGACUGCCCUCGAAGUUAGGCCCCCGGGUGUCGAGAAGCCGGACGGUGUCAUUCACUUCUUGCUCAUGGAACUUUUCGCCAUCAAAGACGUCAACGAUUUCACUCCGCCUCCGCCCAAGGAAGCUCCGAAGCCGGCGGAUACUGAUGUCGCUUUGGGAGAUGCAUCUAAAGGCGAGGAGAAACCUGCGGAAGCCCCCAAGCCGGAAAAGCCGGAGUUCAAGGCGGAACACUACCCGUACUUCUUCUACCGGUGCUUCAUCUUGAUGACGCUCAUGGAACUUCUCUGCUGCUACAACCGAUGCAAAGUCGAGUUCAUCAACUUCAACCGGAAGGCCGAUCCUAGAGAUCCAAUCACGCCGUCGAAGCCUCGCUCGGCAAUCUUCAAUUACUUGCUUCACGACCUGAUCUCGCAACAGUCGCUCACCGGACCGGCUCCCGACGAUAUCGAGCAGAAGACGAAGGAUAAGCUUAGUCAGUGGGCUAUCCAUCUGUUCGUCUCGCUUUGCACGCAGUCUGGUGAGGUUUCGACCACCGAGGACGAGCCCGAUCUGCUUUUCGUCCGGAAGUUCUUCUUCGAGACCGCCCUGAAGUCGUUUAAAGACGCCUGUGCGUCCACUGAGCCUUUGGACAUCAAGUAUGCGCGCAUGGCCAGUCUGGGAGAUCUUUUCUACAAGGUCCUCUCCGUUCGGCCGCCAUGUGUUUCCUCGUCCGUCGGACUCAGCGACAGGCCUCAGCACGACCUGGCCAAGAUUAUGUUGGAGAAGAACUACAUAUCGGCGCUCACCAACGCACUCGCCGACGUUGACCUCAACUAUCCGAACUCGCGCAAGGUCAUCAAGUCGAUGCUCAAGCCGCUUAAGUUGCUCUCCAAGACCGCCGUCGAACUCAGCGAGACCUCCGGUCUGUCGACUCCUGGAGCUACCGACGACGAUGAUAUCUCUGUUGCGUCGUCGCUUUCGAGUAUUGAGGAGCUUCGAGAGGAGACCCCGGAUCUGUAUCGCAAUUCGACGUUGGGACUGUUUGAGGGCGGCGAAAUGGGCGAUGAUGAUGCGAGUGACUAUGACGAAGAUGAGGACGACGAGGAGAUGUACGAUCAUGAGAUGGAGUUUGAAGAGGAGAUUGGCGAAGAGGGGGAUAGCGAGGUUAGCGACGAAGAUGAGGAGGAAGGGGCGGAGAAUAUGGAUGUGGAGGUUGUCAUCCAGGAUGAUCAAGAUGACGAUGACUCUGAUUCGGAAGAUGACGAUGAUAUGUCGGAAGAUGACAUGGAUGAUGAUGGCGGUGAGGUGGAGAUAAUUGACGAGUUGGGAGAACAUCUUCAUCAUCACUCUCACCACCACCAUGAUGAAUACGAGAGUGGCGGCGAGGAGGACUGGCAGUCUGACGGCAGUGACGACAAUGAUAUGAACGAGGAGGAGCUCCUCGCCGCAGAUGACAUUAACAACGGUGUCGAGAGCAUCAUGCGCGCACUUGAAGAUGAAGGUCCGGACAUCAACGACGACCCCGAUGAUGAUGGAUUCCUCGAGGAAGGUGACGAGGAAGACGAAAUGGAAGGGGAGGAGGAAGAUGAUGAUCUGGACGAGGAGGCGAUGAUGGCUGGAGAGGACUACGAUGAUGACGAUGAGGGUGCGUCUGCUUUUCCAUGGGGGUGGGCGGAAGGGGAUGAUGCCCCUAUUAUGACACGUACUCAACCUCGGAGUACAGGUGGCUGGUUUACGUUUAGCGGUGGACCGAGAGAACCGCCGGUUUUCAUGACGAGGCCUGGAAGAUCGCGUCACUACUUGGGUGCCUCUGGAGAACGCGUCCCCGCUAGUAACCGUGAGCAGAACCCGCUCCUCCAACAGGCCGACAACGAUCCCGCGCCUCUCCGUCACAGCACGCACCGUCAUGAAUACAUGGGUGAAUGGGCGCAGGCCUUCAGCGGCAUGCAUCCAGGCGACGGCGGCCCAGUGUCGAUGAUUAGCACUUUGAUGAACCUCAUGAACCGCGGAGGUGUCAUGCAUAACGGGGCCUUCCAGAUUCAAGCUACCAUCCCGCACCACCGCUUCCCGCACGGCAUGCAGCGCGAGAUUCGAUCCAUGUUUGGUAAUUUCCGUCCUUCACACGAGCCCAUGCGUCUCCACCGCGAGGACCCCAACCAGGUCGGCCGCUUCGAGCCCAGCUCUACUCCAGCUCGUUGGAUGGAGGAGGCACGCAUUCUGUUCGGUAAUCGCAUCGAAGACAGUGCUCAGCGCAUUGUCGAUACGAUCCUCUACCGCCUUGUUCCUGUGGCCAUUGAGGAGGAAAAGAAACGGAAGGCGCUUGAGGAACAGGCUAAGAUCGAACGGGCGAAGUUGGAGGAAGAAAAGGCUAAGAAGACAGAGGAGGAGCGCAUCGAGAAGGAGAAGGCGGAGGCCGAGGAGAAGGCCCGUAAGGAGGCGGAAGAGAAGGAGGCGGCCGAGCGGGCUAAAGUGGCGGAGGAGGAGGCCGCGGCUGCCGAGGCUGCUACCCGUGUGCCUGAGGGUGAUGCAACGGAGGCUGUGGAGGCACCAGCGGGAGAGGCCAUGGCGGGAGUGGAAGCCACUCAGACUGAAAUUGCUGAACUAGCUGCUGCCGCCGGUCCUUCCGCACCCGUGGAACGUGCUACCGUCAUGAUCCGAGGCCGUGAGAUGGACAUAACCGGCAUGGGCAUCGAUCCGGAGUUCUUGGAGGCUAUCCCUGAAGAAAUGAGGGAGGAGGCUCUGACUCAGCAUAUCCGCGAACGUCGUGCGGCGGCCGCGAGCAGCGAUCAAGCCAGCGAAAUCAGCCGCGAGUUCCUAGAUGCUCUCCCCGAUGACAUUCGUCAGGAGCUUUUGGAUCAGGAAGCACAGGACAGACGGCGUCGGGAACAGGAAGCCGCUAGAGCCCAGGGUGGAGGCGGAGGUCCGGGUGAUAUGGAUCUUGACUUGGCGACUUUCCUGGCCACUCUCGAGCCUGGCUUGCGACAGACUGUUUUGAUGGAGCAGGAUGAUGAGGCUUUGGCACAUCUUCCCCAUGCCAUCCUCGAAGAGGCGAAUGCCCUGCGGGGUGACCGCGUCUUCCACGGCCACUUUGUUGAAGUCCCGCGCAACCGUGGAGCAGCGCAUCUCCGGAACCCCGACGAGCAGAAAGUCAAAAAGCCUGCGCGCAAGGGUACUGUGCAGUUGUUGGACAAGGCUGGUGUUGCUACGCUACUCCGGUUGAUGUUUAUGCCGCAGUCUGGCAGUACGCGUGUGACGCUUCACGAGAUUCUCCUGAGCAUCUGCGAGAACCGCCAGAACCGUGCCGAGGUUGUCAACUUGCUCUUGUCGAUUCUUCAGGAUGGCAGCGCCGAUAUGGCUGCUGUCGAGAGGUGCUUUGCUCAGCUUUCCGUGAGGGCCAAGCAACCGACCAUCAUGCACCCUCCCAAGACGCCCGUUAAGACGCCCACCACUUUGUCGCGCUCGAAUACUGGACCGACAAUCUUUGCGCAAACCAGUGGAGAGGUCUCGCCGCUUAUGGUCGCUCAACAAUGUCUUCUCGCCUUGACUUUCCUGGUCAACUACAACGAGCACAUCUCAUCUUACUUCCUGAACGAGCACGAUAUCAAUAUGGGAUUGAAGAAGCCUGUCAACCGCAAGGGUAAGGGCAAAGCCAUCGAGAGUAAGGCAAGUAAGUACGCACUGAAUACGCUACUGGCACUCCUGGAUCGUCCCCUUGUUACGGAGAGCUCGAGCGUCAUGGAUCAGCUUUCGGUGCUUCUUUCGGAAAUUACGCGCCCGUUGACUAUCCUGUUGAAGAAGGAUAAGAAGAAGUCGGAAGAGGAGAAGGCUAAAGAGGAGGAGGUUGCCGGUGAACAGACCGCUGCCGCUACCGCUACGGGUGAAGCGCCUGCGGCUACUGCGACAACUGAGUCUGCGACCGAACCAGCUACUGCGCCCGCCCCGGCCGCCGAAGGUGCUGAGCCUAAGGACGAGUCGAAGGACGAGUCGAAGGAUGAAGCGAAGGACGAGGCGAAGGAUGGCAAGGAAGAAGAGAAGAAGAAGCCGCGGAACCUGGUUCCCCCGGUGGUUCCUGAGCAUAACCUGAGACUGGUCGUCAACAUCCUUACGGCACGCGAGUGUUCCAGCAAGACCUUCCGGGAGACUCUGGCCACCAUGCAAAAUCUUUCUGGCAUCCCCGGUUCCAAGGAUGUUUUCGGCGCCGAGUUGAUUCGACAGGCCCAAGGACUUGGUUCUACCAUCUUGGGGCAUCUCGACGAGCUCCUGCAGCAGGUUAGGAACGCAGAGAACGGUACUGAGGUCCAGGGCAUGGCGUUGGCCAACUUCUCGCCCGCUAGUUCCGAACAGGCGAAGUUGUUGAGAGUCCUCACAGCGUUGGACUACCUCUUUGAUCCCAAGCGUACUGCGAAGGAGAAAUCGGAAGAAAAGGACAAGAAGGAGGACAAGAAGGAGGGCGAGGCGGCGGCGGCUAAUGAAGAAUUUGGAGACGUACUGGCCAAGCUUUACGAGAGCCUGACGUUCUCGCCACUGUGGUCGAAGCUUAGCGAUUGUCUUACUGCCAUCCAUGAGCGUUCCGACAUGCUCCACGUGGCCACUAUCUUGCUGCCGCUGAUUGAGGCCCUUAUGGUUGUCUGCAAAAACGGCAGCUUGGAGGAGUCUACGCAGCACUCGCAGUUGACCCCCGAGGCGAGAUCGAUGCGCCAGUUGUUCUUCAAGUUCACGGAGGACCACCGCAAGAUCCUCAAUCAGAUGGUCCGCAACAAUCCCAAGCUCAUGAGUGGAUCGUUUUCGCAACUGGUUAAGAACCCCAAGGUUCUCGACUUUGACAAUAAGCGAAACUUCUUCAAUCGCCGUCUUCACACUCGCCAGGGCGUCCGAGACCCUCACCCGACGCUUCCACUCGCUGUUCGCCGUGAUCAGGUGUUCUUGGAUUCGUACAAGAGCAUGUACUACAAGACGGGCGACGAGAUCAAGUAUGCGAAGCUGAGCAUCCGCUUUCAUGGCGAGGAGGGUGUCGACGCUGGUGGUGUUACGAGAGAGUGGUUCCAGGUCAUGUCCAGGCAGAUGUUCAACCCCGACUACGCCCUGUUCAUUCCAGUGGCAUCGGACAGGACUACCUUCCAUCCGAACAGCAUGAGCGGGGUCAACCCUGAGCAUCUAAGCUUCUUCAAGUUCAUCGGUCGCAUCAUCGGAAAGGCGCUGUACGAAGGCAGGGUUCUCGAUUGCCACUUCAGCAGAGCAGUCUACAAGAAGAUUCUCGGCAAGCCCGUGUCCCUCAAGGAUAUGGAGACGUUGGAUCUGGAGUACUACAAGUCCAUGGUGUGGAUGCUGGAGAAUAAUAUCGAGGAUGUCAUUACAGAGACGUUUUCGGUCGAGCUGGACGAGUUUGGCGCCAGGCAGACAGUCGACCUGAUUCCCGACGGCCGCAACAUCCCUGUGACCAACGAGAACAAGCAGGAUUACGUCCGUCUCGUGGUCGAGCACCGUCUCUUGCACAGCGUCAACGAGCAGAUCGACCACUUCCUGAUCGGAUUCCACGACAUCGUUCCGGCGGACUUGGUCAACAUCUUCAACGAGCAAGAGCUGGAGCUGCUGAUUUCGGGCAUGCCAGAGAUCGACCUGGACGACUGGAGGAACAAUACUGAAUACCACAACUACUCGGCGUCCUCGUCGCAGAUUCAGUGGUUCUGGCGGGCUGUGAGAUCGUUUGACAAGGAGGAGCGCGCAAAGUUGCUGCAGUUCGUUACCGGCACGUCUAAAGUACCCCUCAACGGCUUUAAGGAGCUCGAGGGUAUGAAUGGCUUCUCCAAGUUCAAUAUUCACCGCGACUAUGGAAACAAGGACCGCCUGCCGAGCUCGCAUACGUGCUUCAACCAACUCGACUUGCCAGAAUACGAGAGCUAUGAGACGUUGAGACAGCAGUUGUUGACGGCUAUCACCCAAGGCGCGGAAUACUUUGGUUUCGCGUGAUUGCUUUUAUUUUUUCUUUGGGGAUAGAGAAUUUGUUUGGGCACUUGAGUUUUGUUUGAUUGUGGGCAUCCGGGUGUUUUUUACUUUGCUUUUUCCUACUUUUUCUC